AUGGUAGCCACAGAAUUCUUGGGAUACAUCCAGUCUUUUUCGGCAACCACAUACGUAGGUAUUGAGGAUCUCGCCGACCGAGCAAACUUCCAGUGGAGUGUCAUAGUUCUCUUGAUUAGCAUGAUUCUUGUCACCGUCCGGCAAUACUUUAUGGCCCCGUUGGUCUGCUACCUGCCUACAACCGUGAGUGGUGGCAACGCGGAAUCCUACGUUACAAACCUGUGUUGGGUGGAAGGCACCUUCCCUAUCAAUCUCACAUCUGGUGUCGUGUCUCAUGAACUCAAGGCAUGGAGUUCAAUGAAUCCGGAAAUAAUGAAUUACUACCAGUGGGUUCCAUUGGUCCUCGGGCUCCAAGCCAUCCUUUACUACAUCCCACGAAUAAUUUGGAGUAUUUUCACCUACAACCGAACCGGGACGGACCUGCAAAAUCUCGCCAGAACAGCCAACAAUGCUACAAAAGAAGAUGGUGAAAAGCGUGAAAAGCUCGUGCGUCAUAUGGCAAAGAGCCUUGAGCUAUUGCUUUUCAGUCGUCGCGAAUAUCACGACCGUCGAGAGGGUCGUGUCGCCAAGAUAAUAACCAUUCUUCCCGGAAAACGGCAUGGCAAUAACCUCAUCUACUACUACAUAUUUAUUAAAAUUCUAUACGUCCUCGUUGGGAUUAUGCAACUAUACCUUAUGUACGCGUUCCUCCGUUUCGAUAAGAAGGAAGGUUACUUCUUUUUUGGAUGGAGGAUUCUUGACGAUAUCCGUAAAGGGAAACCUUGGACGGAAACACAGGUGUUUCCACGUGUCGGAGCCUGCCGUCACUCACUUCAGCAUGUGGCCGCUGAAAAUAAACUUUUUGCACAGUGCGUCCUCCCUAUCAACAUGUUGAACGAGAAGAUAUAUGUUUUCCUCUACUUCUUUCUAGCUUCAGUCAUGGUUUUUACCAUUUUAAGCAUCCCGCUUUGGAUGUAUAGAAUCUCUAAAAAAAGACAGAGGCACUUUGUUAGACGCUUUCUCAAAAUGGCCGAUGUGUACAAUAGGGACGAUCGUCAAUUGAAGGAGCUAAUUGAUCGUUUCAUUAACGAAUUCCUCAGACAGGAUGGUCAUUUUUUACUACGCAUGCUGUCCAUGAAUGCUGGCGACCUCAUCACAGUGGAGAUUGUAUGCUGCCUUUUUGGAAACUAUAGAAGGCAAUUUUAUGGAACAGACUUUCGUGGUGCAAGACCGAAUCAGAAAGUGAAUAUGUAUGGUGAUCCGGAAAAAGCAGGCCUUGAUGCCCCAAAGAAUGCACCUUACCCAACUACGGCGGGUAUCGAGAAUGACUUCAUGAGCAUGAGAUUGCAACCUGGGGGUUAUGCGGCGACAAAACAGCGACCUUUACCCACUGCACCCCUUGGAGAUUCCCCACCAUAUCCUGGAGACAAUGAGGGAUUUCAGAAAAUAUUAGUACCCUCUGCCUACCCCAGGCUGCCUGAUUACCCAAUCGAAUUCAAUGAGAAGGCGGCAAACUCUGAAUCACCUACAAAUCGCACAGAGCAGCAGGGAUCCCUGCAACGACAAAAGAAUUCAAAUAACGUUAAAACCACCAAUGUUUGA